GGAGUUCAUGACGUCAGCUCUUUAUGAGGUCCACCCUCCAGUUUGACUCCUCAGAAACGUUACUUCUGUUUCCAUACAGUCGAUGGCUUUCACUCGUCUCACAAUGUCCGGACAGUUCAGAUCUUCAGCCUUUGUUUUUGCCUUGAUUUUCUACGGUGUUAUUAUAUCCGCAGGGGCGCAGACACCGACUACUUCUCCGGCUCCGACUCCUUGUGCCUUGAGAUCCAACACCAGUUGUGCUGAAUGCCUGCAGAAUGUGACAUGUUUGUGGUGCGCGCCAACCAAACAAUGCGUGGACUACCCAGUGAGGAACAUCUUGCCCCCCAGCAGCGUCUGUCCUUUGAAUGACGCACGAUGGGGGUUGUGUUGGGUAAACUUCCAGAUUUUGAUCAUCACUAUGUCAGUGCUGGGUGGCAUCAUCAUCAUCACCAUUCUUGUUUGCUGCUUUUGCUGCUGCAAGUGUGAAAGAUUUGGGAACAAGAAAGAAGAUGCAAAGGUGGAGCGACAAACCCGGGCCAGAAAGAGUCGUCAGAAAGCAAAGAGAACAGAAAUGCAGCUGAGACAUGAUGAAAUCAGGCAGAAAUAUGGUAUGGCAAAGGAUAAUCCAUACGCUCGUAUGGAUGAUCACUGAGAAGAAUCUCAGCGAUGAUUCCUUAAAAAAAAAAAAACCUUUAAAGGAUUAUAUUGAUGCCAGUAACAUAGAGA